CCCUGUUAACAACACCACAGCUUGUGGGCAGCUUCCUCCGCUUAGAUCGUCACCAGUUAAACAUCAUGCUGCUUCGGACUGUGGUUCUGCUCUUCCUCUGCUUGUCCACAGGGAUGUGUGCCACUUUAGGCCUCUACCAGGCUCAAGCUCAGGAAGAGGAGGCCCCUGCUGUUACUGAUGGUGUAGCAGCUUUCUCUGUAGAUGCAACUGAAGAAGCUGUAGCUCCUGCAGAUACUGAAGAAGCUGUAGCUCCUGCAGAUACUAAAGUAGAUUCCCCUGCAGAUGAGGAACCUGCAGCUGAUUCCAUUUCAGACGACAGCCUAUUGGGUGAAAUACUUGCAGCGGAUAACCCAGAAGCUGGAAAACCUGAGGUGGAGGUCCCAGUUCCAGAUGGUGAAACAGCAGAAGAACCAGAGCCAGAAAGUGAUAGGCCCACUGAAGAUGCCCCUGCUACAGAAACUCCAGCUGAUGAAGCUGUCACCCAGGAGGAACCUUCUUCUGACAAUGAAAUCAGACCAGUCCAGACCAACCAGUCCUUGAGCGAACCCUUGGUACGUGAAGAAGCUAGCAGAUGGAGCAUCAACUCAAUUAGAAGUGGUGUUCAGUCUAUGCACGGAUACUUUGACUCUCUGGUUGAGCUGGUGGGGGGAUACAAUGGUCAGUGCCAGUACCGCUGCAGACAUGGAGAUCUUCCUAUACCUCGACCAGGCUACCAGCUCCCAGAGCCCAACGGCUGCAGCUCUUCUCUGGUUGGAUUCCAGGUGAAUGCUGCUCUUGACAUGGGGAUCCCUGCUAUGACAAACUGCUGUAACCAGCUGGACGUAUGUUAUGACACUUGUGGCACAAGCAAGGAAGACUGUGACGGCAAGUUUCAAAUGUGUCUGUAUGACAUCUGCUUCGACAUAAAGAAAAGUCUGGGCUUCGUGUCAGAGGUACAAGCCUGUGAAUCGAUGGCCGACGCUCUCCACAGCACAGUGGGGACUCUCGGGUGCAGGCCUUACAUGAACAGCCAGAGGGCAGCGUGUGUCUGCGCAGGAGAGGAGAGGGAUGAACUGUGAUACACACACACACAAACAUAACACUAUGGACAACAAAUGCCUGGAUGCUUUCACAGACAAAUAACAGAGUCAUGGGUAUUUCUGCAGAUUACACAGUAUAUAUUUAGGCUUUUUGUCAAAGAAGAGAUACUUCACAAACGCCCUCUCAAGAUUCACAGCCUUGGAGUUAAAAAAAGACAUAAAUGGAGAAUGCAAAUGACGUUUCUCAGGUUUUAUUCAUAGGCAGUACUGACAGAUAUUAGUAUCUCAAUAUGACUUUCAGAAUCCUAAUUAAUAUGCAUGUUAUACUCUCUAGACUCCAUUUCAUUUUAGGCCAUUUUUAGGCCUCUAUGACUCCAUUACCAUAAAUUACUAUGAUGACUCCAAACAAAGUGCCUGAUGGGAAGGAUAUUGUAGUUGGGUUAAUUUCCUCUAGAUAUAAAGACACUGUUUAAUUAUUAUGGUGCACUGGGUUCGCUGUGUGCUGCUAUUUAUCAAGAUAGUCAAACCUUGAGUCAGUGUCAUGUUAAUUUAAUGCCUAUUACAGCUACUGCGUUUAUGUUUGAUGUAAGUUAUUUGCCAGUUAUUUGUUAUUUUUUAUGAAUGAAUACAUGAGUAAAUGCAGUUGAACUGACAUGAUUAAUUUGAGAUUAAUUUCCAGUGAUGAAAUGUAUUUAUAAUCUCCAGGCUUGGCACACUGAUAUCUCUCUCCCACCAUACUGGGAUGUGUGUGACGUGCUCCCCCAGCCAUUGAUUAUUCUGAGUGAAUGAGUCAAAAAUACAUCUGGGGGUGUUCCACAUGUAUAUUUCAAGUCAGUGCUGGUGUGAAAUAUAAAUCACUUCUAUAAAUCCACUAAAUCUUUAAGCUGUAAUCAAGCCUGAGAAAUGCCUCUUAGUGUGACCUAGAAAAACAUCCUUCAUGCUGUAGUUGUUACAAAUGAACUGUGGCCCCUUCGAAUGAUUUCUAAUAGAAAUGUCAUUCACUUUAAUGUCAGUAAAUUGUGCUGCCAGGCAAAGUGGCAGUGACACACACAAACUCGGAUGUAUUCAGCAGAAUUCAAGCAGCGUUAUGACUUGACACUGGAACCUACAUGGGAAUAAAGAGGAGUGUAUAUACUGUGCAUCUCAAUAUAAAUGUGUGUAUUAGAGGGAAGCACAUAAAGGCAGAAACAUGUUUUUUUGCACGCUGGUCAAUUUUCCAUAACAUGUCUUCUUUC